CACUUCCACCACGCAACGCACGACAACCGUACCCAACGUCUGUCCAAUGUUUGCGCCCAACGCGUUCUUUAGAGAGAGCCUCAGUACUAGCAAGGACUAGAAAGCACGAUGAAGGGAGGGCGCUCAAAUGAACAAGCGGUUGACAGAGAAGCCAUGCAUCACAACCCUCAUGGUAUGACGCGUGGAGUGGCCAGUGCUGAGACGGAGCCACUUCUCUGCCAAACAGCCACAUGUAACCAACCACUCCCGCCCUCUCUCAUAAACCCUUCUUCUCCCAGCGUCCCUCUUCCCGCUUUAUCUUCUUGCACUCGAGAACGCCCGGUUCUCUUCAAAACACUCUUACGCUACGCAGGACCAGAACACCGUUUCUGCUAUUUUGCUUCGUCUUCCUCUUUGUUCACGAUGGCUGUCAUCGCCGGUCGGGCGUCUCUACUUGUUGCUUUCCUCGUGCUGAUUCUCAUACUGCUUGUCUCAUGUGCUGCCGGUACUGGGAGUGCUGGAGAUUCAGUGGAGGACCAGGCCACACCCGCAAGUGAAAACAUAAGGGAGAAACCUGAACAGCUCAAGCGAACCGCCGAAGAGAACCUUCAAGCUGGGAAAGACAAGGCCAAAGAAACCUCCGAGUCGUGGACCGAAUGGGCCAAGGACAAGAUAUCAGGUUACAGGGGCCUUGGUCUGAAGCAUGACGAUUCACAGGAAGACCUUCAGCAAGCACAGGACAAAAUCCGUGCUGCCAAAGAGAAAUUGGAGCAAGCAGUCUCUGAAGCAGCAAGUCGCACCAAAGAGAAAACAAGGGAGAACAAAGAAUAUGCACAAGAAAAAACAGAAAGCAUGGCGGAAGAAAGCCAAAGGGUGGCAGAGGAGAAGAUCAGGCAAGCCGAUGAGCUGCUGAACGAAUUAAAGGGAAGGGCUAAAGAAGGGACCUCACAGGCGAUGGACACUGCUGGCAGUGUCUACGAGAAAACCUUGGAGAAAGUCAGAGAGGCGGCUCAGCAAGCGAAAGACGCAGCCGGCUACGCCUACGAUGUGGCCAUGGGGAAGGCCAAGGAGACCGCUGAGCGAGCCAAAGACACGGCCGGCUACGCCUACGACGUCUCCAAGGACAAGGCCAAAGAAGGCAGUCAACAAGCCAAAGACACGGCCAGCCAUGCCUACGACAAGGCCAAAGACAAGGCAAGCGAGACCUACCAGGCUGCGAAGGACGCCGUAGUCGGAGACUCCAAGGAGCACCCCAAGGCUGCCUAUGAGGAACUAUAAACUUCUUUCCUGCCGCCUUUGCUGUCUGUAAUUUCCGCUUGUUGAGCUAUCAUCUGCUUUUGUUCGUUACCUGUGUGUUUUUCUUCCUCCGCUGAAUUACGCAAAGAUCUUCGGUU